AGCUGCCUUUGGAAGGGCGGUUUGUGCAGAGAUAGUCGACCGAUCCUCCUCCUCUUCCCUGCAAAUCUCGAGAAUUAGCUCUUAGAAUCAUGGAAUUGUAGAAUUGUAAAGAUGGAAGGGAUCCCAAGGGUCAUUUAGUCCAACCCCCUGCAAUGCAGGAAUCUCAGCUAAAGCGUCCAUGACAGAUGGCCAUAUUGUUGCUCACGCGGGUGGCGCUGUGGUCUAAACCACUGAGGCUCUUGGGCUUGCCGAUCAGAAGGUUGGCAGUUCGAAUCUGCACGCGACAGGCUGUUAUACCAGGAGGAUUACAGUAAUUAAGCCAGGCUGGCAGCAACACAGCACACAAAUCCAGGCUUCACUCUGGUUGCAGCCUCAAAACUACAGAAUAACGAGGGAUUCCCUCCAGAGAGAUCUCGGAUCCCCAGCAGCAACUGCGCCUCGGGGUGUUGCAAAAGCUCAGAGUUCACCGGAGAACCCCCCUGGCAUUACACCUAGCCACCCAGGAAGGAGGAAGGCUUCGGGACUUGUGUGUUGCAUACUUAAAAACUAUACCCCCUACUGACGGAGGCUUUAGAAGCAAUAUCCUCCUUCGACAGUAAUGAUGACCAGGUACUUGGAUGAAUCGGACAUCAUGAUGGUGGAGGAGGGCUUCACCACCAGGGACUUGCUAGAGAAUCUCCUCCUGGAGGUUUCCCAGGCGGGAAGACAAGAAGCCUUUUUUGUGGCAGAUCUCGAGGAUGUGGUGAAGAAACAUUUGCACCUCCUCAAGGCCUUGCCCCGCAUCAAGCCUUUCUAUGCUCUGAAGUGCAACCGCAGCAAAGGAGUGGUUCAGAUGCUGGCAGGGCUGGGGGCCGGGUUUGGCUGUGCCAGCAAGGCAGAAAUGGCCCUGGUGAAGAGUAUUGGAGUCCCGCCAGACAGAAUCAUCUGCACCAGCCCUUGCAAGCAGAUCUCCCUGAUCAGAUAUGCAGCUAGCCAAGGGGUGCAGCUGAUGACUUUUGACAAUGAAGUGGAGCUCAGCAAGGUAGCACGGAGCCACCCGUCUGCCAGAAUGAUUCUGUGCUUGGCUACCGACGACUCCAGGUCCUCCACCUGCAUGAGUAUGAAAUACGGCGCCACCCUUAAAGUCUGCCGUCACCUGCUUGAGACUGCAAAGGAGAUGAAUGUCGAGGUGGCUGGCAUCAGCUUCCACAUUGGAAGCAGCUAUGCCGACCCCCAGCUCUUCACUCAGUCCAUAGCAGACGCUCGCCUGGUCUUUGAAAUGGGUGCAGAACUAGGCUACAAGAUGCACCUCCUGGACAUUGGAGGGGGCUUUCCUGGUGCUGAAGAGUCCAGAGGGCGCUUCGAAGAGACAGCAGCUGUGGUCAGCUCCGCCUUGGACCUAUAUUUCCCAGAAGGCUGUGGGGUGGAGGUCAUUGCUGAACUGGGGCGCUACUAUGUGGAUUCAGCCUUUACCUUAGCGGUCAACAUUGUUGCCAAGAAGGAGGUUCCCCUGGACCAGCCGGGCUCUGAUGAUGAAGACCCCGGUGGCAGGAAGAGCUUCGUCUACCAUCUCAACGAUGGCGUUUAUGGCUCCUUCAGCUCGGUCAUCUUCAACAACGUCUGCCCAAUCCCCAUCCUGCACAAGAAACCCUCUCCAGAUCUUCCCCUGCACAGCAGCAGCUUCUGGGGACCUACUGGGGAUGGGCUGGACUGCAUUGCGGAUGGCAUGGAGCUCCCGGAACUGCACCCCGGGGACUGGCUGAUCUUUGAGAACAUGGGGGCUCACACCAUGCCAGCUCCCUCAGCUCUCAGUGGGGCCCAACAAGCACAGAUCUACUACACCAUGUCGAGGAUGGCCUGGGAAGCCGUCCAGCUCCUUCAGGGGAAACUGCUGCACCAGGAGGAGGAGGACCGGGAGAGUACAUGCGCCCCCCUGUCCUGUGGCUGGGAGAUCACGGACACCCUGUGUGUUGCCCCCGUCUUCACUCCAGCAAGCAUCAUGUAAGCCGUGCCAAACAUUCACCACGGGGGCCAGACCCUCCUCCCAACAGAGUCCUGCCACACCUCCUCCCUCUCUCUUUUUCUCUCUCUCUGGCCUGCCUGCCUCCCACAUUUUCUGCCCUUGAGUAGGAGCUGUUUUUAUCCCCCCCAAUGCUGUGUGGUUUUUAAGUAUGCAACAUAAAUCCUGUUCCUCCUGA